CUGCGUACACAUCAUCAAAAAACGAGUUCAAUAGCGACGCAAAACUACCGUGAAGGUACAAAUACUCACAGCUCCCCGAUACCAGAAGACGAUUAAGCCGAAAAUGGAGGUCGAAUCCAGCAGUAUCAAAGUAAACGGCAUGCAAUUCGGAUACAGCGGCGAUAAUCCUAUCUUUGUAGAUUUUAACCUAAAGAUUUCCCCUCGAUCUCGCUGUCUUCUUGUCGGUGCCAACGGAUCUGGGAAAACCACUUUGCUGAAGAUUUUGGCAGGAAAACAUAUGGUUGGUGGGAGAAAUGUUGUGCGGGUGCUAGAUUUUUCAUCUUUUCACGACACACAGUUGGUUUGUAGUGGUGAUUUGUCUUACUUGGGUGGAUCUUGGACUAAAACAAUUGGUUCAGCUGGAGAUGUGCCACUACAGGGAGACUUUUCUGCCGAACACAUGAUAUUUGGAGUUGAAGGAAUUGACCCAAUUAGAAGAGAAAAAUUGAUUGACCUUUUGGACAUCGAUCUACAAUGGCGGAUGCAUAAAGUUUCCGAUGGACAACGACGUCGAGUUCAAAUCUGCCUGGGCCUCCUUCAUCCUUUCCAGGUUCUUUUGCUAGAUGAAGUAACGGUUGACCUUGAUGUUGUUGCAAGGAUGGAUCUGCUAGAGUUUUUUAAGGAGGAAUGUGAACAGAGAGGAUGUACGAUUGUAUAUGCAACACACAUAUUUGAUGGCCUAGAAUCAUGGGCUACAGAUCUGGCAUACAUACAAGAUGGAGAUUUAAAAAGGUAUGAAAAAUUGGCGGAUCUUCCAGAAAUGAAGAAUUCAUCAAACCUGUUAUCAGUGGUUGAGUCAUGGCUGCGUUCUGAGACCAAAAAUCCAAAAAAGAAACCUGUUAAUUCUUCCCCUUUCAGAAACUCCUCCAGACACAUGGCAUACUACAGAUGAUUAUUUUUCGGAACAAUUUAUAAGUUUUCUCACAAAGAAACUAAUAAAACCUUUUGUUUGUAGGUAUGUUGUCUAUUAUUAUUUGUAAAAAGUUGUUUCUUUUUGUCUUUAGGGACAUUAGGAUACACAAUUAUAGGCCAUUGAUGUUCCAUGAUGUGUAUGUAACCAUUACCAUAUGUUUUUUACAACUUGAAAUGCAUUUCUGAUUUUCUGGUUUGCUUUA